GAGCGUUUACCCAGAAUGCAGCGCGGCAGCGAAGGCGCCUUGAGUGGCUGGUGGAUGUGAAGCUGCAGGAGCAGUUUAGACCCUCAAACCCCCUUAAAAACCCCUCCAGGACCGGACCCGGGACCUGCAUGAGCCCGGACACCUUUACCCCGACCCUCCGGCCCGGUUCACGCCCUUAAACCCCCACUUUUACCCCGUUAAAGCUCUUUAAACCCGUUAAAGCGAACAUGGCUCCGGCAGCGCUGCUGGCGAGGUCGUUGUGCGCGCUCUCGUGCAGAAGCGCGCUCACGAGCUGCACCGGCAUCUUCUCCAGACUGACCGCCGGCCCGGUCCAGUUCCAGUUCCAGUUCCUGACCCCCCAGACCUCCGUCCAGUUCCUGACCCCCCAGACCUCCGUCCCGGUCCAGUUCUUGACCUCCCAGACCGCCGGGCCCCCCAAGAGACCCCUGAACGGCUACAUGAGAUACGUCCUGCAGCAGAAACCCUCGGUGAUGAGAGAGAACCCAGACAUCAAGGUGGUGGACAUCAUCAGGAAGAUCGCUCACCAGUGGAGGCUGCUGAGUCCUGAACAGAAACAGCCCUUCCAGGACGCCUCCCUCCGGGAACGGGAGCGGUUCAAGCUGGACCUGCAGCGGUACCAGGCCCAGCUGAGUCCAGACCAGAUCCUGCAGCAGAACCAGGAGAGGAGACGGAGGCUGGAGAAGAGGAGGAACAUCCGGAAGAAGAGGGAACUGAGCAGCUUAGGGAAACCCAAACGACCCCGAUCAGCGUUCAACAUCUACAUGUCGGAGCAUUUUGAGGAGGCUCGAGGAUCCAGUACCCAGGGGAAGAUGAAGUCGCUGAUGGAGGACUGGAGGAACCUGUUCAGCCACCAGAAGAAGGUUUACACACAACUGGCCGAGGACGACAAGAUCCGCUACAAGAACGAGAUGAAGUCGUGGGAGGAGCACAUGCUGGAGAUCGGGCGGGAGGACCUGGUCCGGGAAAAGAGCCGAGUUCACAAGAAACCCGCCGCCGCCGCGACGCGGGCGGCCAAGAAGAAGCCAAAGAGCGCCGCGGCUACAGCCGUGAAAAAGAGCGCGGCUACAGCCGUGAAAAAGAGCGCCGCCGCCGCGCGGACGACGAAAGCUACCGGCAAGAAAAGUAGCUCCGCAAAGACUAGCGCCGCUAAAGGCUCCACGAAGAAGUCAUAAGAUCUGGACGGAUGAUACUCGUAUCCGAGGAAAGAUCAGCGUUUCUUCAGUGUUUUUUAUUUUCUGCAGAUUCAGAGUUCGGAAAAAGCUCAGACGGUUAAAGAAAAAAGACGGUUUCUCGGUUUCUCAGUGUCGGUGCUUCACUGUGGAUCUUCUGUAGUAGUUGACGAUCAAUAAACCCUGAGAUGAAGCUUUUCA